AAGGUAACAAAGAGAAAACUUCAUUUAGGUUUCUUUCGUUGUAGGUGACUGAUAUUGGUAGUUGCUAGUGUCACGAGACAAUCCAUCCGCGAAAUCCCGAUCUUCUGGGGGUCUUUUUGUCGAACAAAUGCAUACCCGUCUGCUCACUCCACAGUCUGACGCAUGAGGCAGUCCACUGCAGUUAGAAGGGUCAUCGGUGAUAGUAGCCAGCCUUGUUUUACUUCUGUCUCCACUUCAAGCGCUUCGCUGAGUUUUCUGUAGUGUAUCAUUUGGCAUGUGACACCGUCAUAUAACUGUUGAAUGAGGUUUAUAAAGGUUUGCAGCACCAUAUUCCUGAAUGCUGAAGCGGCUUCGGCGCUGUCAAAGGCCUUUUUAAGGUUGACGAAGUUGAGGUAGGUACUUGACUGCCAUUCUAUGCUCUGUUCGACGAUGGUACGUAGUGCUGCAGUUUGGUUCGCAUAUGAUUUGUUUCCUGAAUUUAACUUGUCCCGGGCGGAGUUUUUCAUCCUGAGUAUGUUUUAGGUGUGUGGCCCAAUAUUUUGUUUGGCGUGGACAGGAGCAUGAUUCUGCGCAAGUUCGUGCACAGACUAAAUUCUCCAUUCUUCGGCAAUUUGACUUGUCUACUCUUCCAAUCGCUAUCAAAAUGGUUGCUUUGGAAUUUAUUUCCCAGUUGGAUAAACUUCAUUUUGUUGAUUCAGUCGGUCUAGAUGAUUUUGCCGACCGAUGCUCUUACAUGUUAUCGUUUAUUAUUCUGGUUAUGUGUUUCACUAUUGUUACACUGAAAUCGUAUGUCUUUGAGCCAUUGUCAUGUUAUAUACCUACUACAUUCUCGGGUUCUAAUCUGGGACCGUAUAUUAAUGCAUUUUGUUGGAUCAAUGGUACAACACCGAUUAGUGUUGAUACAGACCAAUUAGACAAUCAAAAGUAUUGGAAUAGUUUAGAAGACAAGAAAAUUAAUUAUUAUCAAUGGGUAUCAUUGGUGUUGGCAUUGCAAGCAAUUCUGUGCUACUUACCUCGUCUUAUUUGGGAAGCAAUCAGCUUUAAUCGUGUUGGAACUAAUUUAGGCUUUCUGGUUGAAUCAGCUCAAGCUGCUUCAAAAGAGUCUGGAAAUGAACGAGCCACGCGUGUCCAGUUCAUAGCAAAUGUUAUGGAUACACUGUUGUUUGCUCGUCGAGAUUUACGUAGACCAGAUGAUGGGGAUAAGAAAAAUGAAAAAGUCAUGACAACAUUUUUCCAUACUAUUCAAAAUAUGCUUCCACGAAAACGACUUGGCACUGCAUUGAUCACAUAUUAUAUGCUGAUCAAAUGUCUAUACCUGUUGAAUUCAGUCGGUCAACUUUUGUUGAUGGAAAGAUUUCUAGGCAUUAAAGGGGAUUAUCGUCUAUUCGGUAUAUCAAUUUUAAAUGAUCUGAUUAUGGGUAGACAUUGGAAUGAAACUAGUGUUUUCCCUAGAGUGGGUUUCUGUCGUGUACCGAUAAAAUUGACAAGCACACCAAUACCUAUGGUGACUGUCCAGUGUGCACUACCAGUGAAUAUGCUAAACGAGAAAAUCUACGUGUUCCUGUGGUUUUGGUUUGUAUUUAUUGCUUCUUUGGAAGUUGCCAGUAUUGGUGUAUGGAUUUAUCGGCUAGCCGCUCGACAAUCACGUCUAAGACUUCUGGUACGCUAUUUAAAGAUUGCAGAUGUCUAUGAAGAAUCAAUGGAUCCAUUGCUUGCUCGAUUUGAAAUGACUUUUCUUCGAUUGGAUGGUAGUUUUCUCCUGCAAAUGAUGCGUUUAAAUGCUGGCAGUUUGAUUACACAAGAGAUUUUACAAGCAAUGCUAAAGCGUUACACAGAACAAGAACAAUAUGCAAUGAAGAAACGUGCUGAACAACAGUCAUCUGCACUGAAAUCAAUGGAUGCAGAGAAAUCCGGCCUACUUCAUCCUGAUUCACCUGAUUGUACUGUUACAAAGCGUUUGGAUGCUGUUUAAAAAUUUACAAAGUUGUAGACGCAGACACCCCUGAAGAAGAGUUCAUUGCACACAUUUCCAUCUGUUCUGGGGUGUUUCUUUUUUUGUAUUAUCUUUGUUUUAUCAAGUCAGUUGUUAUUUAUUGAUGAUUGAUUGUUGUUGAUGUGAUGUGGUGGACAUACAUGACUUUUCUUUACAAUCAAUAAUUGAAAUCAUUGACUGACAAGUUUUUAAUUAACAAAACUCAGGGCUACCUUGAUUCAUUCUUUCACCUUUUGUUAUUACACAAUUUAAUAAAGGUUUCAAGUUUA